AAACAUUUAAAAUAUCAGUGCAAAAUGUCAGUAAAAGAAAGUAUGUUCAGUUAUGUACAUGUGUGAAGUCCGGUUACGAGUUCAACAGUUCAACAGUCUGAUGGGAAGAACCUUGUAGAACCCGGUGGACCUGCACCGGGUUCUGCGGAGCCUCUUCCCAGAGGGCAGCAGGGAGAACAGUCCCUGGUGGGGGGGUCACUGGGGACAUGCAGCGCUGUGAAGAGGGGCCACGAUGAUCCUCACUUCUUCCAGCGGGAGGCGCUGCAGCCUCCACACCACACGGAGGCAGCCGGUCAGAACGUUCUCUGUGGUGCUCCUGUAGAACGUCCUGAGGGUGGGCGGGGAAAGGGGGGCGGCUCCACCGCUGAGCUGCUGAUGAGCAGCGUUGCUGGUCCCAUUGUUCCCAUUGUUCCUGAAGUCGCCCAUAAGCUCCUUCGUCUUGUCCUCGUUCAGGAUCAGGCUGUUGUCUCUGCACCUCCUCUCGAUGAAGCCGCCACCGCUGUCGUCUGCAAACUUCACACUGUGAUUGUUGGUGAACCUGUGGACGCAGUCGUGUGCGUGUCAGGACGCAGCGCUGAGGUUUGCUGUCCGACCCGGACUGACUGAGGCCUGAGGACGUCCAGCAGCCAGUUGCACAGGGAGGUGCUGAAGCUCAGGUGUCCCAGUUUUCCUACCAGAAGAUGAGGGAUGAUCGUGUUGAACCCUGAACUGAAGUCCAGGAAAAGCAUCCGCACACGGGUUUUCCUCUCCUUUUCCACCGGUUCCAAACUGGAACGGGUCGAAUGUGGAGGGGAGUCUGGAGACGAUGUGUUCUCUCACCAGCCUUUCGAAGCACUUCAUCAUGAUAAGAGUCAGCGCAACAGGCCGGUAAUCACUGAAUGAGACACCUGCUGCAGACCCCGCCCUGUGGUCACCUGACCACGUAGCUCCUGUUUACUUCCGGUAGAGGAACCAAGCAACCAAUCACAGCGCAGGGCUGCGGGUCCCCAUGGUAACGGCGUCUCGUUGGGGGCGGGGCCACAGGGGAGUGAAGAAGAAAAACAAAAACGACAAACUCCGAGGUUUAGACGAUGGCUGGGACAUCGAGACAUGACAGAGACAUGGCUGCGAGCGCUAAGCAGAGACUGACUCAGUGUUCAGACCCAGUGGAGAGACUCAGGCUACAGUGUCUGGCCAGAGGAUCUUCUGGGAUCAAAGGGCUGAGCAGGACCUUCAAAAUAAUGGAUGACAACAACAGCCGCUCUCUGGACUUCAAGGAGUUCUUAAAAGGCCUGAAUGACUACGGUCUGCUGGUGGAGAGGGACGAGGCCUCCGCCUUGUUUCGACGCUUCGACCGCGACGGCAACGGAACCAUCGACUUUGACGAGUUCCUCAUCACCCUGAGGCCACAGAUGUCCCAGGCCAGGAAGGAGGUGGUGAUGCAGGCGUUCAGGAAGCUGGAUAAGACGGGGGACGGGGUGAUCACCAUCGAGGACCUGAGGGGGGUUUACAACGCCAAGAACCACCCCAAGUACCAGAACGGGGAGUGGACCGAGGACCAGGUGUUCAGGAAGUUCCUGGAGAACUUUGACUCCCCAUACGACAAAGAUGGACAGGUGACCAAAGAGGAGUUCCUCAACUAUUACUGUGGAGUCAGCGCCUCCAUUGACAGCGACGUCUACUUCAUCCUGAUGAUGACAAACGCCUGGAGACUGUGACUGGAUGAAAUUUAUUAAAUAAAUGAAACAUGGAGACGUG